AUGGCGACCAUCACAGUCCACAAUUCCCUGAAGCCCGGUGCGCCGGUGCCCUUCGUCCCAAGGGAGGAGGGCAAGGUUUCGUGGUACGCUUGCGGGCCCACGACAUAUGAUCUGAGCCAUUUGGGCCAUGCCCGGAACUAUGUCUCCACAGACAUCAUCCGCCGCAUCUUGAUGCAUCACUUUGGCUUCAAGGUCAAGUUUGUGAUCAUAAUCAAAGCCCGAAGGAAACGCCUCCUUGACCUCGAGAAGGAAAAGCCUUACAGUCCUGCCCAGGCCCGGGAUCUCGUCUUCAGAGCGUUCCAGGCAUACGCACAAAGUAACCUACCCCUUCUCGCCGGGACAGGCCAAGGUGAGCUAGAUGAGCACAGCUACCAGGAGCAGAAAGAAAAGGCCUAUGGCAGUGUUCUGGCUGGCGGUACGCUAUCUGGAGAAGGGAAACCCAGCGAUGCCGAGGCCAAAGUGAAGAUGCACCUCAACAAUAUGGACUCUGCGGCGCUGGCUCUGAAGGAAAACUCUGGCUUUGAGGGUGCCGAAGAGAUUCUUCUCCCAUACCUGGACUCUCUUUACAAGGAGACAAUCGAUACCAGCGACCAGACCAUUUUCACCGACCUCACACAAGCCAUGGAAAGGGCCUUCAACGACGAUAUGGAGGCGCUGAAUGUCCUCCCCCCUGAUGCAGUGACGCGAGUCACGGAAUACGUCCCGCAGAUCGUCUCCUUCGUUGAACAGAUUAUCAAGAAGGGCUUUGCAUACGAGGCCAACGGUUCCGUCUAUUUCGAUAUUGCGGCAUUUGAAAAAGCUGGAAACACCUAUGCCCGGCUGAGGCCUGAGAGCAGGAACGACAAGGCAUUGCAGGAGGAGGGAGAAGGCUCGCUUUCCAAGGGCUUGGAAGGAAAGAAAUUCCCGGGGGACUUUGCCUUGUGGAAGAAGUCGAAACCUGGCGAGCCGUAUUGGCCAAGUCCGUGGGGCGCGGGCCGUCCCGGCUGGCACAUCGAGUGCUCGGUCAUGGCUUCCGACAAACUCGGCGAGCAGAUGGAUAUCCAUUCUGGCGGUAUUGACCUUGCCUUCCCACAUCACGAUAACGAGCUAGCGCAAAGCGAGGCCUACUUUCACGAAUGCGGCAAGGGGGGGCAUACCUGGGUUAACUACUUUUUGCACAUGGGUCAUCUUUCCAUUGCGGGGAGCAAAAUGUCCAAGAGUUUGAAGAACUUCCAGACAAUACAGGACGCUCUAGCUACAACCUACACGGCACGCAACAUGCGUAUCGUGUUCCUCAUGGGCCGCUGGAACGACGGCGUCGAAAUUUCGCCCGAUAUGCGGAAGCAAGCCGAUAAUUGGGAGAAUACCCUUGACAACUUCUUCACCAAUAUCAAGGCAAGGCUAGCAGAAGCCGAGUCAGCCGCAAACGGAAUCAAGGACUUGUCAUUAGCGGAGAGCCCUGGCAAGGGGUUAACACACGAGCUCGAGCAGGCCAAAAAGGAUCUGGAUGCGGCGCUCAGGAACUCGUUCGACACGCCUAGCGCCAUGCAGGUUAUCCUCCGCCUUGUCAGGAAUGCCAAUAUCUACAUGAACGACAAGAAUUCUGAGCCCAGCCUGCAAGCACUUGAGGCGGUGGCACGGUGGGUGACAAAGAUUGUCGGCAUUUUUGGCCUGGACGCAACCGCGAAGCCUCCCUAUGAUGGUCUUGGCUGGUCGUCCGCAGGAGCGGCUGCUCCCGCCCAUGUUGAUCCCCAGACUGCCGUGAAGCCAUAUGCGGCGAUAUUUGCCAAGGUGAAGGCCGAUGUUCAAGCUCUUAACCUGUCCGAGGCUUCCAUCAAGACUCUUUUGCACCAGCAAACGCCGGAGGCUGAGUUCGCUGAGUUGGAAAAGCAAGGCGAGAGGGAUGUGGAGAAGCUGGCCCUGCCCUAUCUCCGUGCAACAUCACGCCUCCGCGACGAGCUACGGGCGAUUGUCUCGUCCGCGAUUCUUGAACCCAGCACGAAGCAAGCAAUGCUGGCUCUGAGUGAUCGUAUCCGCGACUACGACCUUACUGAUUUGGGCGUGCAACUUGACGACCAGCUCGAUAAGCCUAGUCUGAUCAAGUUUGUGCCUGCUGCCAAGUUGAUUGCUGCGAGGGAAGAAAAAGCGGCGCAACUAGCUGAGAAGGCGAGGCAGAAGGAAGAAGCACGAAAAGCGAGGGAGAAGGCAGAAGAGGAGAAGUGGGCCAAGGCCAAGGUGCCCCCGCAGGAGAUGUUUAAGGGCGACCCCAAGUAUCAAGACUGGGACGCCGACGGGCUGCCGAGCAAGCUCGCCGACGGAAGCGAGGUGCCGAAGAGCCAGGUAAAGAAGCUGAAGAAGGAAUGGGACCGUCAGAAGAAGCUGCACGAGGAAUACCUGGCCAAGUUUGGCAGCACGGCGGUUUAA